GAUUCCAUCUCUCGACCUUGCAAUCCCAAUGGUGAAACAUUGGCACCAUGUCAAAUGAAAAAUGCAAUGUUGUGAAGAUUCACUCAUUUUAAUCGAUUUUGUUGUUCUUAAGCAAUGAAAAUUUUCUUUUUGGGAUCUUUUGCAGGGAAAGAACUCUAUGAUAACUUUUCUCUAUCAUCAUUUGCAGGAUUUUUUUCUGGUUGCUCAGCAUCACUCUUGGUGGCCCUUAUUUUGAUAGUUCAUGCCCACAAAAUUAUAGAUAAAAAAGGGCGUACUACAUACAUGCAAACCAUGUUUCCCCUUUAUAGCUUAUUUGGAUUCAUCGUCCUACAUAUGCUUAUGUACACUGCAAAUAUCUACUUCUGGAGGCACUAUCGUGUCAAUUAUCCGUUUAUAUUUGGAUUCAAGCAAGGGGCUGAAUUAGAUUACAGAGAGGUCUUCCUUCUCAGCACUGCUGUUGCAGUAUUAGCACUGGCUGGUGUCCUCACUAACUUGGAUAUGGAUAUAGACACAGAAACAAAAGACUACAAGAUACUAACGGAAUUGGUCCCUUUGGGCUUAGUCAUAUUUGUACUUCUUGUGACAUUCUGUCCUUUCAACAUCAUAUAUCGUUCCAGUCGCUUAUUCCUACUCCAAUGUGCAUUUCAUUGCAUUUGUGCUCCUCUGUAUAAGGUUACCCUGCCAGACUUUUUCUUGGCGGACCAGCUAACUAGCCAGGUGCAGGCCAUUCGUAGUCUUCAAUUCUACAUCUGCUACUAUGGUUGGGGAGAUUUCGAAUUCAGAGAGGAGAAGUGCACCACAUACAAUGUUUAUAAUACUUUUUUAUUCAUUGUGGCAAUGAUUCCAUAUUGGGCACGCUUCCUUCAGUGUGUCAGGCGCACAUUUGAAGAGAAAGAUGUAAUGCAAGCAUACAACAGACUGAAAUACUUUGCUACAAUCAUUGCAGUCAUCAUGAGGACUGCUUAUGAUGUGGAAAAGGGAAUGGGUUGGAGGGUACUGGCUGCAAUCACUUCAGCAAUUGCAGCUGUUGUCAGUACAUACUGGGACCUUGUCCAUGACUGGGGACUUCUGCAAAGGACAUCAAAAAACCAUUCGCUGAGAGACAAACUCCUCAUCUCACACAAAAGUGUUUUUUUUACAGCCAUGGUUUUGAAUAUCCUGCUGAGAUUUGCUUGGGUGCAAUCAGUUUUCGGUUUUCAAGUGUCUUUCAUGCAUAGAAACGCCUUAACUACAACUUUUGCCUGCCUGGAGAUCCUUAGACGUGGCAUGUGGAACUUCCUCAGGUUGGAGAACGAGCACUUGAACAAUGUUGGAAAGUAUCGUGCAUUCAAGUCGGUGCCCCUUCCUUUCAACUACGAUGAAGAUGAAGACAGAUGAGUAGGUACAUGAGGUCUUGAAUGCGAGAGAUGAUGGAUGAAGCAGUCUCCUUAGCAUGCUAGAGUGUUAUAUUAACAAUACAUACAGAAAAAUUCACUGGAACAAAGAAAAGCCACAUGCCAUGACAUCAAGGACUGGGAAUGUAAUCCCAAAGGAAUGAAUCCAUCUUGGCCAGUACCCUGUUCUCUAAUCCUCAAUCAUUCAUCGACUCAGUCAGCAAAAUAAAAGUGACAAGUCAUGCAAUAUUCAACAUGACCUUUCCUUAAAUAUUAUUGUUGCACCAUUUGUCUACUCUUCUUCUUCUUCUUUUUUAAUCUUUUUUUUUUUUUUGUUUCAAGUGUAGUGGUUCCAUUUACAUACAGUCAUACUUGAAAACAUUGUAGGAUCUUCAUUGAGUCUGAACCAGAACUCUUGCUUUUAGUCAUUAGCAGCCGAAUUUAUUGAUUUUUUAAAAAAACUGUAAUGGAUAACAUGGUUGAGAUGUCAUAUCCCAUGGAUGGCUUCUUUUUUUUUUAAUUCUGUUUAGUGGAAGCCGAGCGCAUUCAUUUUUUAUGAGUAACAUGGCUAGGAUGCUGUAACCUUUUGGAAGGCAUCUGUCAAGUUCAGAACAUUUGUGUGCAAGAUGGUUCCUGCUAACUUGAUACUCAACAGCCUUAUGAGAACUCCCACAUGCCCUAUUUGAAUAAAUCAAAUAGUGAGGCAUGUACAAGUUGACCUUAGAAUGCAAAUGACCCAUAGGAUUCAAUUAAAAAAGGGGGAUUGAGGGUUCAGGAUUAUUGAUGGCAUGGACUGCCAGAUCUUGUAGAAUGAGUGGAGUUGCAAUGAAUACAAGUAGCAUGCUGCAGCUAAUUUUCACCUAAUAUCUGUUUAAUGUGCAUGCACUGUUUCAUAGUUCCUUUCUACAAGGGAAUGCCAAGAGAAGUAAUAAAAAAUUUAAAUUUGAUGUUAUGAUUUGGACGUCUUAUUCUGGAAUGCUUUUAAGAAAUUCCUUUUACUAGUUUCAUAUAAAUUUAAACUGAUCACUAGAACAAGAAUUCAAUAUGAAUCCGGCCCCUCGUGGUUUCCCAAUAGGAUAAAAUCUUCAGAAGAUUGGGUUUCUCUGUUGGUAAGGAAAAGAACUCUAAGCCUUGUACAGGUUGAUGUAUGGCAUGGUAAAAUGAUAUUAGCUUCUCCAAGACCCAGUUCCUACUACUCUUUCGAUGAUUUACAUUCAUUUCGUUGAUUCCAAUAGUUCUGCAGUUCUCUCAGGGCAAAUACUACGAAACUUCCAAACAAUUACCAUGACUUCUAUAACUGUAGUUGCCACAGAUUUGGAUUCCUUAGAAUUACAAACCUGAUAUAAUAGCUUGAAAUCAAUUACAACAUUCAAAGUAGUAGUUAGAACAGAAAGUUAGGUGAGAACAAAUAAAGAAAGUGAAAAAAAAAAAAAAAACAGGAACAGCUGCUAUAGCUGUUGUAAGAGAUGCCGUAGACUUAACUAUUGUGGCCAUACUGUUACAAAUACAAUAGCAUGCCUUUUGGACUUUAUAAUAGUUUAAUGUCUCUUUAUGACAUAUAACAGCUAUUACACCGGCAAAAUGCUUAUGAAAGCUAGGAUUUUUGGAAUGGCAAUGAUUAAUUAAAACAAACAGAAAUGGCAAAAUGCAAAAAUGAUCAUGAUCAGCCCACCACAAACGAUGGAGAAUUAGAACCCCAGGAAACAUUGAAAGAUUCCGUAUUACAGCUCAAGAAUAUUUUGAGACAUGAGGCCAAGAAAAUCACUCUGUUCCUGGCAUUAAGGAACACCUGCCCAGAAGAUUCAACUUUGUUACAGGACCUGCUAUUCCUUUAUACUAAUCAAAGCAUGCAAGGAAGCAUAGUCUCCAAAGAGAUUUUCUUUCAUUCCCCUAACAAGCCCCCUUCCAAGCUUUGUAAAAUGAAUGAAUUUUGACAGGUAACUGAUUGAAGAAAAUCCACACCCAAGAAACCCCAUAAAGAGAGGAAUCCCUAGCGAACCAACCACACUCUCUUAGGCCAUCCUUUGGUCCACAACACAAGCCUCCAUAAUGAGUCCCCCUUCUAUACCAAACUUCCAGAGGGGAUUACAAACCAUGGUCCAAUCAAGAAAUGAAAUUUGUGCUUUUCCUUGCUAACUUUUCACAUCUCAAGUGUUGGUAGUGUGUUCUCUUGAGAUCCAGGUUGAUUUUAUUAUUGAUUUGAACUUGAUCAUGAGUGACCAUUUGUAAUGAACGGAAUUUGGUCAUUAGUGACCUUUAUGCUCAUCUUCUUCUUUUACGUGAUGAUGAUACAAUAGCGUAUGGAAACAUUUUCUUUUGGAUUGUAGUUGACCCCUCUGGGUUAACUCUUAGUUGGCUCCAUAGAGAAAGAGUGGCCGACACAUCAGCUGGCUUUUGGUUAAGGGAGAGUUGUGCCCUGCAGUGCUAAAGUUUUCUAAAUUACAUAACCACUACAAAACAUUUGGACCACCCAGUUCUC